AAAACCCUGUCUGGAGACUGGAAUUAGCCCCUUUUAUUACUCCUCCUCAAUACAUUUCAUAGUAGUCGUCGUUGUCGUCGUCGUCAUCUGCUUCUCUCUCUAAAGGUUUAUCCUUUGGAAAGAAUCUAGGGUUUUGGACUUGUUGCUCUAUUUUUGCUGCGGUGGAAGUUCAACUAAGCUCUAUGAGACGAUGGGGCAUUUCUCAAUUUAAUUGCAAAAGAAGGCACAAACCGGUUUGAGUGAUAUGGCAACUGAGAGUCCAAUUAGAAUCUCAGGAGCUGGGAGCAAAUGGCCCUCCCUUAAGGAAGCUGCAACCUUUGCUCCACCAUCUCAUAACAUGGCAGCAGAGGAUUUGGGCAUGCUUUUGAAGGGACAUAGGUUCCAUAGUGCUGGGAAGGAUGUGAUACCCAGCCGAAGUGGCAGUGCACCUCCCAACAUGGAAGGUUCAUUUCUUGCCAUAGAAAACCUAUUAUCUCGGCAGAACUUCACCCAGAGUGCAACUUUGGAAACUCUAAACAGACCCGUGCAAAAAUAUGUUAGCGGUAAAGGCUCUUUACAUUUGCCACGAGGCACUCUUACAACACACAAGGAGGAGUCUGAGGAUGAUCAAUCACCACAACAGCCAUAUGAUAAUGAGUUUGACAAGACGAGUGGAGUCUGGCAGAGACUGGAUGCAGCAUCAACGGGAUCUCAGCACAAAAAUAUGGUUGAUUUGAUACAGGAAGAUUUUCCCCGUACUGCAUCACCUGUAUAUAGCAAGUCUAUUUCAGUAAAUCAUGGAAUGGUGGAGGAAGCAAUUGACUUGGAUGCUGGUUCGAGUUCUUCCCAUGAUCCCCUUGUCACCACAGUAGACGGUGCUAAAUUCACUGCAAAUGCAGAAGAUAUGAGGCUGUCAUCAACUGUUGAUACAUCUGCCCAUGUUGCAAGCUCAUCAUCUUUUGUUUCCACUGGCAGCAUGGGUUCUAAUGAUCUGGAUGUUUCCGUUGUUGAGUCUCAACUUAAGGCUCUUAAUAUAUCUAAUCUGCCAAAUACAGAAAACCAGAGUUAUGAAGAAAAGUUGAAGCACAUCUACCAUAAUAAUAUGAUUCAACCCCAGAUGCACCAGCAGCGAAACAAUCCAUAUGAAGUUCCUAGUGUCAAUUCUCAAGGAGUAAAUGGUGCAUAUGUUGGCAUGGAACAGUCUGCUCUUAAUCCCAGCAAGUUUUCCUCUGAUGUCCAGCCACUACUGCAGUCAUCUGGGUUUACACCCCCGCUAUAUGCCACAGCAGCAGCAUACAUGACAUCAGCAAAUCCAUAUUAUGCAAAUUUGCAGGCUUCGGGCAUGUAUUCUCCUCAAUAUGUAGGCGGAUAUACUUUUAAUCCCUCUCCUAUUCCUCCUUAUGUUGCUGCAUACUCUCCCCAUGGUGCCGUACCAGUUGUUGUUGAUGGAGCCACUGGUUCCAGUUUUACUCCACAUUCACCAGCAGUUUCAUCUGCGGGAAGCAUUUCACAUGGAGCUGAAAUGGUCCAUGCAAGCAAGUUUCUCGGACAAUUUGGAUUUCCACUGCAACCCUCUUUUGGUGAUCCCAUGUACAUGCAGUAUCAUCAACAACCCUUGGUGGAGGGAUAUGGUUUUUCUGGUAAUUAUGAUCAAUUGGCUUCUAGGGCAAGUGCCGGUGCCCAAGUUGGUCCUCUUGAUUCACAGAAGAGAGCUAGUAGUGUCGCUUAUUUGGAUGAUAAGAAGUUACAGCAUCAACGAAGUGGUGUUAAUAUGGACUCAAGAAGAGGUGGGCUUAUGGUGCCUAGUUAUUUUGGGCAUCCACCAAACAUGGGUUUUGUGAUGCAAUAUCCAAGUUCUCCACUUCCUAGUCCAGUAUUGUCAGGAUACCCAGAAAGUGGGACUGGUCAUCCAGGAAGAAGAAAUGAAAUGAAAUUUUCUCCAGUAUCUGGUAGAAGUGGAGGUAUGUUUUCUGGAUGGCAAGGUCAGAGAGCAUUUGACAGCAGUCAUGACCCCAAAAUUGAUAAUUUCCUUGAGGAGUUAAAGUCUGGCAAAGGUCGUAGAUUUGAGCUGUCUGAUAUUAUUGGACAUAUUGUUGAGUUCAGUUCUGAUCAACAUGGGAGCCGAUUUAUUCAACAGAAGUUGGAAAGUUGUGGUGCCGAAGAGAAGGCAUUGGUGUUCAAAGAAAUUCUUCCACAUGCUUGCAAAUUAAUGACUGAUGUAUUUGGUAACUAUGUUAUUCAAAAGUUUUUUGAGCAUGGAAGCCCUGAGCAGAGGAAAGAGCUUGCAAACCAAUUGACUGGUCAGAUAUUACCUUUAAGUCUGCAAAUGUAUGGCUGCCGAGUAAUACAGAAGGCACUUGAGGUUAUUGAUCUUGGACAAAUGGCCCAGCUUGUCCGUGAACUGGAUGGACAUGUUAUGAAAUGUGUUCGUGACCAAAAUGGGAAUCAUGUAAUACAGAAGUGCAUUGAAUGUAUCCCAACCAAAAAGAUUAACUUUAUAAUAUCUGCUUUUCGGGGACAUGUUGCCACUCUUUCUAUGCAUCCUUAUGGUUGUCGGGUCAUACAGAGAGUUCUAGAGCAUUGUACAGAUGAGGUUCAGUGUCAGUUUAUUGUGCAUGAAAUCUUGGAGUCUGUUUGCACUCUUGCUCAAGAUCAAUAUGGCAAUUACGUCACCCAGCAUGUGUUGGAGAGAGGAAAGCCUCAGGAGAGGAGCCAAAUUAUAAGCAAGCUGUCAGGACAUAUUGUGCAGUUGAGCCAACAUAAGUUUGCAUCAAAUGUUGUUGAAAAAUGUUUGAAGCAUGGUGAUGCAACUGAACGGGAGUUGUUGAUUAAUGAGAUUCUUGGGCACGAUGACGACGACAAUUUGUUGACCAUGAUGAAAGACCAGUUUGGAAACUAUGUAGUCCAGAAGAUAAUUGACAUGUGUUCUGAAAAUCAAAGAUCUGUUUUAGUGUCUCGUAUAAAAGCUCAUGCUCAUGCUUUGAAGAAAUACACUUAUGGAAAGCACAUUGUGGCUCGAAUGGAACAAUUGUUUGGAGAAGAGAAUCAGACACUUGAAUCAUGAAGGCAAUACAGGCAUGUUAAACUCCUGCUGUGGCAUGAAAUGACAAUCGGUUAACUUAUAUGUCACUCACCGGAGAGAGAUGAUAAAGUAUAGCUUUGGGCCUGCAACUGAAUAAAUCAUUGAUAUUACCUCUGGGGCUUUGUAUAUGCUCCUCACAGCUUCCCAGUUGAUGGCUUCUAUUAGCACUAGUACGUACAUAAAAUAUUGAGACUUAAUCAUGUAAUUGUAAGCCAUCCAGAAAUAUUGGUUCAAACUAUCAUUCUGAGUAUAAUUAUUUGGCAGGAAAAGCUUCCUGAUGUAAAAUAUGCCAGAUCUGUUUUGUUAAGUGUGUGGUUUUCCUGAAGAUACAAGCAAAAUAUUUAGGAUUCUUUGAAGCUCA